GCGGUGACCACCCGGGAGACUGUGGCAGUGGUGGCGGCGGCAGGCGGCAGAGAGGAGUCCGAGGUUAUGCGUCUCAAUGAUCCCGCGGAAACGCUACGGGUCUAAGAACACGGAUCAGGGUGUCUACCUGGGUCUCUCAAAGACACAGGUCCUGUCCCCUGCAACUGCUGGCAGUAGCAGCAGCGACAUCGCCCCUCUGCCCCCCCCAGCGGCCCUGGUCCCUCCCCCUCCCAACACCAUGUCUUGCCGAGAUCGGACCCAGGAGUUCCUGUCUGCCUGCAAGUCCCUGCAGAGCCGUCAGAAUGGAAUCCAGACAAACAAGCCGGCUCUGCGUGCUGUCCGGCAGCGUAGUGAAUUUACCCUCAUGGCCAAGCGCAUCGGGAAAGACCUCAGCAACACAUUUGCCAAGCUGGAGAAGCUGACGAUCUUGGCAAAGCGCAAGUCCCUCUUCGAUGAUAAAGCAGUGGAAAUCGAAGAGCUAACUUACAUCAUCAAACAGGACAUCAAUAGCCUCAACAAACAAAUUGCCCAGCUUCAGGAUUUUGUGAGGGCCAAGGGCAGCCAGAGCGGCCGGCACCUGCAAACGCAUUCCAACACCAUCGUGGUCUCCCUGCAGUCGAAACUGGCCUCGAUGUCCAAUGACUUCAAAUCAGUUUUAGAAGUGAGGACAGAGAACCUGAAGCAGCAGAGGAACCGGCGGGAGCAGUUCUCCCGGGCGCCUGUGUCAGCCCUGCCCCUUGCCCCCAACCACCUGGGAGGCAGUGCUGUGGUCUUGGGGGCGGAGUCCCGUGCCUCCGGGGAUGUGGCCAUUGACAUGAUGGACUCUCGGACCAGCCAGCAGCUGCAGCUCAUUGAUGAGCAGGAUUCCUACAUCCAGAGCCGGGCAGACACCAUGCAGAACAUUGAGUCCACGAUUGUCGAGCUGGGCUCCAUCUUUCAGCAGUUGGCACACAUGGUUAAGGAGCAGGAAGAGACCAUUCAGAGGAUCGACGAGAACGUGCUGGGAGCUCAGCUGGAUGUUGACGCCGCUCAUUCAGAGAUCCUCAAGUACUUCCAGUCGGUCACCUCUAACCGGUGGCUCAUGGUCAAAAUCUUCCUCAUCCUCAUUGUCUUCUUCAUCAUCUUUGUGGUCUUCCUUGCCUGAACCCUCUCUACCCUGAGGCACUUCGUGGGGGUUUGGAAGCCUUUUGGGAGGGCAGGUGGCCAGUGCUGCCGCUGAGCCUGUGCAGGGUGCUGGGGAGAAAGGCCCUGUUUCCCUAGAACUGCUGAGAAUGGCCACUGCCCCUGACCCCUGACCCUUUGCCUCUGGCCACCCUGUCCUCCCCUCACCACCCUCAGGCCCACGAAACACAUGGUUCUGGAUUUGUACUCUGCUGUGAAGUGGCUGGAAGAGAGCAGAGGCCAACUGGGGGCCUGUGGAGGAGGUCGUCUCCACUA